AUGAAGUCUGACAAUAUAAAUUCUGGUAGAGGUCAACGCCUUCAUCAUAAGUUAUUUGGUUUGGCAUUUCAAGUAGCUUCAGCAAUAGCUCUCAAAACCAUUAAUGCCUUGGACAAUGCUUCUGCAAAUCCUGCCAGAAAAGUUGAUAAUACUGCGUCAUGUGAAGACCUGAUAAACUCAUCGAAUGAUGCCAUGGAACGCCACUUCCCGGAGGAAAUAAUUAUGGAUAUUCUUAUCAGGUUACCUGUGCGGGCUCUUCUUCGAUUCAGAUGUGUUUCAAAAUUUUGGAAGACAUUAAUCUCUACGACGGAAUUUAAGAUGAAGCAUCUCAACCAUGCCAAGAAUAACCAAAAUUCUCAAAAAUAUCUUAUUAGCCGAAGGUGUCCCAAGGAUAAUUCGAUGUUGUAUUAUUCUUCUUCUUUAUCAUUGGUUCAACCGGUUGAGGAUGCACUUGGUUUCCCUUCAAAUCACAGACCGUGCCAGUACUUAAUAUUAUGUUGUUGCGAUAGCUUGGCUCUUCUUUGGGUUCAAGGUAAACAUUUGUUGUGGAACCCAUCCACAAACGAAUCAGUUGUACUUCCUAACCCUAAUCCAGAAUUUUCACCGAGUUAG